AUGCAGCAACCAACUGAUUCAACAGGUUCGCCUAAAAAACAAUAUGCUACUUACAAGCUUAUAAAAAUGUUUACUACGGAUAAUAACACAUGUCCAGUUUCACAUGACCACGAUUUUGAUAUUAGAGACUUUUCACAAACUCAACUUUUUUAUGAAAUAAAAAGUGACUCUAAUAACUCAGAAUGUACACCUUCAUAUUGUCGUGAAAUUUAUAGAAUUGAUAGUCGGGAUAAUUUAUAUUGGUACAAUUCUGCUGCACUUAAAGUUGUACCUUCUAAAAAAUAUUUUCAAUCUUCUUCCCCUCAAACUUUAUCUCCAACCACUCCAAAGUCUCCUCAAAAUUUAUCACCUUAUAUUCCAAAAUCUCCCCAAAAUUUAUCACCAUCUAUUCCAAGGUCUCCUCUAACUUUAACUCCACCCUCUCCAUCAUUUCCUCAUCCUUUAACUCCUCCUAAGUCUCCCGUUUCUCCUCCUAAAUCUCCUUUUUCUCCUCCUAAAUCCCCUAUUUCUCCAUUCGCGUCCCCUAAUCCAAUGACUUUAUGGUCGAUCGAUUUUGGUGAUUUUAAAUGUUCAAGAAUUUUAAAGAAAUCUGUAAGACCAAAAGCUUUCUCAAUUACUCAUAUGGAAACGGGUGCCAGAUCUACUUUUAUUCAUACCAAAAAAUCCGCACCUUCCGGUUAUGCUGGUGAAGUUAAUACUCCAUUUGAUAAAACUUGUGAUCAAAGAUAUAAUUGGGUCCUUGACCCACAUAAUCAAAAAUGGUCUUUAAUUCAAUCAAAUGAUCCUCAAAGAAUACUAGUAGAAUUCAAAAAGACUAGUAUCGAUAAUGAAUUCUUAAUUGUAUUUUUAGAGAAACCACCUUAUGGUUGGUCACCACGUAUUGCUGAUCGUUUAUCUAAAUAUCAUUCUGCUAAAUCUGAAAGAAUGAAUGGAUCAAAUGAUCGAAGAGGUUCUGAUAGUUCAAAUGGUAGCGGUAAUAAUUCUCUUAAAAGCCCUUCGUUAAAUGGUAGCUUUAUGUCAGAUAAUGAUAUAAAUGAUGAAAAGCAUUGGCAGGAAUUCGUCUUGGCUUCCACUGUGGCCAUUCAGGACGAAGUUAAUCCUAAGAAGCGAAGAAAAAAGCAAUCUAGGUGGUCAUUUCAUUUAAAUAUUGACACGACAGAUGUUGAAACCAUAUUUAGUUGGCAG